AUGAUUGUGGCGAGAAGAGGAGGAGGAGGAGGAGGAGGAGCCGCCCGGAGGCAAAGAUUGUGGCUUUUCGAGUCUGUCAGGUUCGCUUUCCUUUGGUUUUCACUAAAUUGUGUAUUUCUUGUUGUUGUUGUAGUGUUGUAGCAGCAUGCUUUCCUUAUUUUCACGCAAAAUGCAAAAGUUGUGAAAAAUUAGCCAAAUCGUUUGCAAACAAGGACGCGCACGGGACUCUCCCUCUUCACAAGCUGUCAAAAACCUUGAAGAUUUGACAGGGAAGCACACAAAAAGGUUGAGAAGAACAGAAAACAGAAAAUAGAAAACCGAUUGGUCUGAGUGAGAAGAAACCCUUGCUCAAGUUUUUGUAUCUUGUCCAUGGCCCAAGUUUUGUUCUGAUGACCUGCAAUCCGAACAUUGUUCUUCUAAUUUUGUAGACUCUUUUCCUAAUCUUUGGUUCCCUCCAACCAAAGCCUAGAAUCCGAGAGGUCUGUUAACAUUUUGCUUCUCACGGCCUAGCUGACCUAAAACUCUACAAAAUUGAAAUGCCAACAAGUUGUAGUUUUUCCCGAAACCGUUGUUUUCAAUCGAAGUGGCCUAGAAUCCGGCUGCUUUCGCCUAACUUCAAAUUUUCAGUCCCUUGGCCUAACUUUCCAUUCCGAGUGGCCUAGAAUGCACUUCCACCCAAUUUGUUUCAUCACACUUUGUUCCGGCCAAUUUAAGCAGCUUUCUGCUCUUUCUCUCGUCCCAAUCUGAUUCUGAUUUGCCCGUGAGCGCACGUGACGCAAGUGUGUACAAAAAUUCGGUUUUCGAUAAGAAAAACACACACACACACACACACACACAAAUUUGUGGUUUCCUUUCGAUUGUCGUCAGAGCCAGAGGCAUGUCAGAAUUUGGGGGGAGACACUUCCACAAAUCAGACUGAUAGCAAGAGGGAGAGGCGGUUAAAAAUAGGUUUAAAAAGGGAAGAUGAAGGAGAAGAAGAGGAAGAGAACGAAAGUGGAAAGUGGCGAUAAAACUGCACAUGUUUACCCAUUAUCCAGUGCAAAAAACAAAAAAUGUAAAGAAGGGGAGCUGUGACGUAUCGUUUUGGAAUCUGGCAGUGGCCUAACUUUUGCCCUAGCUGACAUAGGAACCCAAACUCCUGUAGACUCCAAACUUUGUGGCCUAACUUUCCGAGACUGUCCACGCACUUGCGGGAGAACGGAUCAAGUGGAAAAACAACAGACAAAACGGCUCUUGAGCGUGAUUUUCGAGAGCGAACGCUUUUGUGGCCGAACGUUUAGACUUGAAGACCCAAAAAUCUUACAGAGAUGUCUCCGACCAAAGGUUCCGAUCGGUUUCGUUGACAGAUAAGGGAAUGGAAGUGGAUGAUAUCAUCUCGAUUCCAUUUCCGAUCAGAAGAUGUCUGAUCACGAAUGACCAGUCUGACAAAACACAGAAUUGCAUCAAGUGGUCACAUUUUGUAAUGCCGUAGAAAUCAUUGAAGUCAUCUCCAGACCCAUAGGAUAUUGUGCAUCUCCGAGCGCUCUGUUUGCUCUCUUCUUCCUCGGCGCCAACUUACGGCUCUCAAGUAGAUUGACACGUGUCGUCGCUCCAAGAAAGAGCCGUGUGACGUGGCAGUGAGCAAACAGAUGCUCGACGGCACAAGAGAUUUCGGAUAGUAUCACCUGAGUCGAGGGGGAUCGAAUAGGAUCGGAUCGGCGGGGACUCGGACUCGGAGCAGCACAUCUGGCAGUUAUUUGAGAAAAACAGUGGAAUCGGGCGGUCAAAUCCCAUUGUUUUCGAUGCGAUUUUAGUGGUUUUCUUGGGUUUUAUCCGCAAAAAAUAGACGAAUUUUUUCAUUCUUUCCUGUAAAAUCUCUAAUAUUGUCAGGUUCCUCAACGCGUUUCCAGUUCCCCCUGACAUCGUACUUUCGUUUGCGCUUUUCCGGUGCGUCGACGCAAUCCUGGUCCCCGUGACAACUCGCCAGAAAUAUCGAAUUUCUGGCGGAAAUUCGUAAAAAAAACCCAUCAAGAACACCAUUUGCACCUCGGCAAAUAUGCUCUGUGCAUGUGCUCUUUGUGCUCCUGAACCUCCCGGAGCACAAAAAAAGAAAGAAAGAGAGAGAGAGAGUGCGACAAUUGCGUUCUGACGGAAAACAAUAAGGAAGUUGCGGGAGAGAAUGAGAUUUGGAGCACAUUCGGAGCAAAGAAUGAUGACGAGAAGAUUUUGAAGUCCCGGUCUUUUUCUAGCGGAAAAUGUCCCUAAUAGUCAGUUCUAGGAUUGCGAUCUGCCAACUUUUAUACAAAUUUGCGAAAUUAGCAAAAACUUCCCGACCCGUUGCAAGUCUGUUGAGAAGAAGCGAAAAAAUAGAAAAAAGGGUGGUCCCGCCCGGCUGGAAUGAGGCGACAAAUCGAAUUAGCACUAUUCGACGGACGACCGCUGACAGAACAUUCCGGCUAAAAGCAGCCGUUUGUGUCGGUCGCUCCACGUGUUCUUGCGCUUUUCCGGAUGUUUCUAGAGCUUAGGUUUGUAAGAAAGAAAGUCCCAAAUCUUAUUCACACAUUCUCAGUGCCCUGGCGCACUUUCCGAUCGUUCUAAAAGCCGGCUGAGAAGAAAAUAGAAAGCGAAAGCGAAAAGGAGGGAAAAUAAAGAGGAAAACAUUUUGCGCCAUCGUCCACUCCAUCAUAUUUCAAUCAUAUUCUCUUUUCUGGAACAAGAAUGGCGGCGGAAAAAACACGGAAUCUGUGCGCGCCUCGGGCCGUCCAGAUGUCGUUAUUCUCUCCGUCGGCUCCCAUUUCUUCGUCCCUUUUCUCUUUGUUGUGCUUUUGCUCGCGGAGCUCCCUCUCUCUCUCUAUCUCUUUCUCUCCUCAAAAAGUCACCUUUGCUCCCCCGAUUGCCUUUUUGUUGUUUUCAAUCGGAAAUCUGGAGGAAAACGGAUGUCUGAACGUUCCGCAACUUGUCAAUCAUCCACCUGAACUCGUGUUACUUAGAAAACUACUUUGAGAAAUUGGAAAAACGACAGCGUUUUUUUGAUAAGACCACAAAUCUGAUCAAGAGCAGAAAAAGAUCAGUCACGGGGGUGUUUUCAGUUUCUCCCCCGACGUACUUUGCGUGCAAAGGUCCCAGGCGGGCAAGUGCCGUUUUGAUGGAUAGCUGACAGCUUUUACGGGGUUUUCGAGGUGUCAAAGGCUGGAAAAACGCAUCGCACGUGAUUUUACACUAUUCUCCAGUUUGUAUGAUCUUGAUUUCCCGAAUGUAGGCCUUCCGCAGUGCUUAGCAGAGAUUUGCCGCGAAACAAAUUCAUCAAAAUUUCUGUACUUCCGCUAGGUACUAUGCUUUUCGGUUCGAGUUUAACAGAGCUCGUAAAUUUGAUAAGUUUUCUUUAAAAAUAUGCUCCAACUAGUCGUUCGCCUUCCAGUUGUUGUUCUCAACUGAUCCUUCGAGAACGUCACAGAUACAAGUUUGAGGCCCACUCAUCGUAUAGCUCUCUUGUUCGGUUCAGUUCCGUAUAGCCGCCUAGUUUACACCGACUGACCCACCUGAGAGAGCACCUGAAGACUCAUGAAAAGUGAGGAGCGCGAGUUAAGCGGUUCGAGUUUCACAACACACACACACACACACAACUUUGCGGGAGCCCGCGACGGGAACAGCUGCUUCCCAACCACAUAAUAAAUGCGUUUUCCGUCUGACUCUCUCCGAUCCGACCGCUUUGUCUGUGUUCGCUUGGACUCGAAAAUCCGCAGGUUCAGCAUUUUCGAAAUGUUUAUCAAAAUCCUACUAGCAAGGCAGCUUCAAUCUUUGUUCAAAUUUAAGCCUAUUUUUAGUGCAGAGUAAUAAAAAGCGACUCCUACAGUAAUCCGCGUUUAAAGGGACAUACUGCGCAUGCCCUCAAAUGCCCUUAGUACAAUAAUCUUUGCAAAAAUCGCUGUGAGACCCGAAAAUCUCGAGAAUUCUUGAAAAACACUUCACCGCCCGAAGACCCCGAACGAAAAACCAGUUCCUUCCCUUUUCCCAAAAAAAAAGAAGAAAAGAUCAUUAUCUCUGCGAAUUCAUGUGACUUAUCGUCGCGAAGAAAAAUAGGAAAAUUCUCGAGGAAUCGAAAUGAUUAUUUACAGAAUGAUCAAACGGAAACUGCAAGAUUUGGCCGUCUGCUGCUCCUAUCAGGUCGACUUUUUGCACGAGAAAAGUGAGAUUUGAGGGCACGCAAAUUUGCGGGGAAAAUGCGAAUAAUUUGCAGAGCACUCGGUGAAAGAGUUCAAGCGAAAGUACGAGGUACUCGACGAGAUCGGCCGCGGCGGAUUCGGAAUCGUGUACGAGGCGACGAGUCGGACGGACGGGCAGCAGCCGGUCGCCGUCAAAUUCGUGCAGCACAAGCACGUGCGCAGCUGGACCAUGGUCCGUUUCGCUUCUUUCUCUAGAAAUUAGAAACUUCUUCUGAAAAGUAAUGAAAAUCACCCCUUUCUCCAGACUUUUCCGCUUGAAAAUACAAAUUUCACCUAAAAUGCGAGCUUUCAGACGUGUCGCCAGCUGAUUCCGUCGGAAGUGUGUCAUCUGGAGACGUGCGAGGACAUUCCCGGCGUCAUCCGAAUUCUCGACUGGUUCGCAAAGUGAGGACACUCGUUUUUGCAUUUGUUAGACGAAAAUUGGUCUGAAUAUGGAAGUUCCCAGAAAAAUCCCAAAAAAUCGUGAUUAUUGCACAAUUUCCCGUCUAAAAAUUGCUGUUUUUUCAGCUCAAAAGGUUUUCUGAUCGUGAUGGAGCGUCCGGAGAACUGUAUGGAUCUGUUCGAUAUGGUCUCGGUGCACGGACCUCUAAACGAGGAAAUGGCCAAAUUCAUAUUCAAACAGGUACGGUUGACUCGCUCGUUUGUGUGUACAAAUUGUCGUCAGGCGGUGACGACGGUCUUCGAGAUGUACAGUAAGCACGGACUGCUCCACCGCGACAUCAAGGACGAGAAUCUGAUUGUGAACAUGAACACGGGCGAGGUGAAACUCGUCGACUUUGGCGCCACCGCCUACGCGGAAAAAGCCACCAAGAAGGAGUUUCAGGGUACGGGAUUGGUGCGAAAAUUACCAGAAAAGCGUUGAGCAUCGGGAAAAUCAACUAAUUUUUUCAAAUAGUUUCAAAAAAGUAAUUAAUUCUGGUGCAGUUACGUAAAGUUAGAGCUCUAAAAAGUGUAAUUUCUUGCAGGCACGCGGUCGUAUUGUCCGCCGGAGUGGUUCCGUGACCAGUUGUACCUGCCGUUGGAGGCCACUUCCUGGUCCCUUGGAGUUCUUCUCUUCAUCCUUUUGACGGGCAAACUGCCGUUCCGAAACGAGAUCCAGAUCUGUCUGGGCAACGUGAAAUUCCCGUCGGGAUUGUCGCGGGAAGUGUGUCAGCUCGUGAAGAUGUGCCUGACGACGUCCACCUCGGCGCGUGCUUCCCUCGCCCAGAUAGCCGCCCAUCCGUGGAUGGAGUGCGACCGUCCGUUCUACGGAGAUCAGCUCACGUUCGAGGACGCGCUCAUGGAGAUCAGAAAGCCGCCAGUUGCGGAAGAGGACAAACAGGCGGAGGAGGAGGACCAGGAACUCAACGAUGUGAUCGUUCUGACGAGGAGCCGGGACAGUCGGGCCGACAUGGACAUGGAGAGCAUUUGCACGAUGGUCACCGCCAACGAGGAGGACCGCUACGAACCGACGCACGAGGCCAUCGAGCAGUUGGCCGAGCAGGGAGACCUACUUGAGAAUGGUAAGUCAUUUAUGAGAAAAAGUAAUAGGACAUUGCGUUUACCGGCGAUUUUUUGGAAAAAAAAACAACUGUUUCCGGUGAUAAAUCCAGCUGAAAUAGUGAAAAUAGUCAAUUUCCCUGCAGGCGAAUCGGGGAAUCUGAUGCGAAGCGAGUCACGAUACGACAAUAUCUCGUCGUCGUCGUUUUGCGACUACGUCUCCCUGGCCUCGUACGACGAUCAGUUCGCCUCCACUUCGGACAUUUACCAGUCGGCGUGCGACGUCUUCCCGCCCACCAGGUACCGUAAACCCCUACCGUAACCCCAUCGAAACCCACUUUUUUCAGUUCCGGCUCCUCUUCAUCGCUCAGUCGUCAAUUCGGCGCCGUCAAAUCGGCAUCGGCGUAUAAUUUGGUACGAAUGCGCAAGAAAUCGAGCAUUUUCAAGUCGUUCGACACCGAAUUGGACCCGGUUUCGGAGAACGAUCUGCAGCCGGCGUCGGCCGAAACGACGUCGGCGAUGUGCGAAUCGACGUACAGCAACGACGAAGACGUGACGAUUUCGGAGGACGUCGUCGUAGAAAAAGUCGCGGAGCCUCCGAGGGCCAGGGAUUCGGCGGUCCGGAUGUCGCGGCACCGGCCCCUUCAAUUCGGAAUCGACUCGACGUCGCCGCCCCCGCAACUCGCAAUAUUUCAAGUUUCGCCCACUGUCGGGUGA